UUCUGAAAACAGACAACUGUGGUGUCGAUGAUAGAAAUCCUGACGAGGCUAACUUUUCUCAAAGAAAGGGCACUAAAAUGACAUUGUAUGAGCCAUUUAAGUUCGGGGGAACGCGGAACUUAGCACAGGGUUCUCAAAGCAGUGAUGCGUAUAAAAGUAGUGACCCAGAGCAAACCUCAGGGGGUAGAGUUUCUCUUGUAAAACAGUUUGUGGACGUUAAUCAUAAGCAAGACUUUAUGGACUCAGACAGUGGGUUAAGUUCAAUGUGCAAUGAACCAGUCAGGAUCACUAAGAGGAGGAGGAAACCAGACCGCCGUGAUCUCAGCCCUUGUUCAGUGGCAAGUACCGAGUCCAGCGAGUCAGUUCAUCUGCCUAAAUUUGUUGACUUGACACCCGUGACCAGUUCUGUACAACGUCCCAUACCCUGUAGGUCCAAAAUGUCUUUGAUGUCCAUCAAUCAAAACUCUGGUCUAAACAUUGAAACAUCUAAAUCUUCAGUAUUGAAAGAGCAGGCUUAUGUUGGAAAUAUACAUGUAUCUAGACUUGAGACAAGAGUGGAUUCUGAGACUAAAGUGAAUUCGGAAAAAGCACAUCAAGAUGUUUGUGAUUCAGCUAAUUCUAUGAGUCUGGAGCCAGGCUUUGACUUGCCAUCUGUGGUGGUUGUCCCCUGUACGAAAUUGAAUGGGAUUGUGUCAUCUAUUAACCCAUCAACAGUAUUCUGUAAACCAAUUAAAACCUUGCCAGAAACAGUUCCAUCUGGUCCAUUGCCUGAAAAAUGUAUUGAAAUUCAAUCUAGUGUCACAACAGCCCGGGAAGGCUCUUUACCCCCAAAGAAAUGAAAUAGACCUUAUGCAACCAGAAUCACAAGUGAUUACUAAAAUAUCAAAACCUCUUACAGUUCAAGUCCCAUCUGAAAGCAUCAGACGCUCUUAUAAUUCCACUCCUAAAUCUGGAAGUGCUUCUAGUCAGUCGAGUCGAUUUAAAUUGCCGCCAUUUUCGGGCCUAAACAAGAAGAAAACGACAAUUGAUCGAAAUGCAUUCUAUACACUAGAAAAGCAAAAGGUUGCAAACCAAGAAAACGUAAAGCUGAAUGAGGCCUCUUCAUUGAGUCAAGUGAAACAAUACUUGUUGACACGCACAGCUGGAACUGCAAGAACGAAAUUUGAAGGUUUAAACUUGAAAUCCAAUGUGGACAGUUCCUCUUGUUGUCCAGUAUUAAGUCAAUCACAUGAACAAUUGGCAAGUAGUAUAAACAUGCAUAAUACAUCAGCAAAUUCGGAAAAUAAUUCUAGUCAAAAUGGUGUUAAUAUGCGAAGCGCAAUGUCUUCCAUCCUAACAAAGAGAAAAAGCUUUUCAAAUAUGUCAGAUUUCCACCAUGUUGAUAAUAAAAAACCCAGAGAAGAAACAAGCACAAACAAUGAAACCAAUUCUUUGAAGGAGAAUUUCCCUAACAAGAAGAACUAUUCACAAAUCAGAAAACAGACUGUUAAGCCUGGUUAUACGGGUAAAAACAAGUCAAUGGUUGAUAAAUGGGCCACAGACUCAAUGAACAUCACAGGUCACUCUGAUACUCCAGAAUUCUUGAGGAAUUCAUUCGUUCCCACGGCAACCGAAAAAGAUCUCAUGGUUGGUUCAGAUACCGUUUUACAAGACCUGUACGACGCACUGAACAUUCCCUACAACCAUGUGCAGGACACUAUGACCAGCAUCAUGUCAGAUGUGGAUGACAUUCUACAGUUUGUAGAUGCCAACGAUGCCUUCAGAGACGACAUGCGGGCAACCUCGCCAGAAUCCUGCAGGUCUAUACCUGUCUUCAAAGAGCACUUUAAAACUGAUUGCAUGGUCCGUAUACCCGGUCGAAAUUCAGCUUAAAUUUGGUGCAGAUGGAAAGAAAGAUUGAUGUUCUUGCUGAAUUACUUUGCCAGUACUUAGUCUGUCAUUGCAACCUCAAAACAGUGUGUUCAGUUACGUAGCGGACACAAUGUUUUCAUUCUGCAUACACGUGUACAAUAUUAUUAGCCUAGUUACAAAUAGCUGUUUUGCUGGCUGUUGCAAGCUGUGGCUAUAUAAUUUUGCCUCCAGUUCUCAUGCUCACUUUUGGUGCAUUAUAAAUUACACAAGUUCAGACAACUCUACCUUCGAUAUCCGGUUGACUGACAUGUACACUGGCAUGUUAUGAUUUAAAUUUUGUGUACAAUUUGAAAAAUUGAAUUUAGAUGUCUUUCUGCAAUGUUGUUUGGUAAAGUAACUACAAAUAUGGAGAUUUACAUCUAUUCUUAAGUUCUCAAACCGUUUUCUUUCUGUAUUUCUUGUGCCAAAUCAAUUCUGUUGAGAAUGAGAGCUUAUUUCUUGUGGUCUAAUGUCAGACUUAAAAAUGCAGUUGUAUUCUGGUAGAUGUAUUUCGUGAUGUCACAUAAUUGAUGUAGGUUCCCUUAUGCAGCUGUUUGACGCUGUGAAGGCUGAGCGUUAUCUAAUUGUGAAUCAUGGAUAUAUGCUUUUAAUUAUCAAUUAAAUACGACAUGACGAAAUGGUUAAAUAUGUUCACGUAAAUAACGUAAAAUGAUAACGUUCUCUUGUGUAUUUUAUCUAGAUAACAAAGAUGAUGAUGGUGUUGUUGAUGAUGAUAAUGCUGGUGAUGGUGAUAACAUGAAAAUCACUGCAAAUAAACUGUGCGAGCACCAAUAUGGAACUAUCCGGCCGUCCGGCCGUCAGUACAAGUUGAGUCGUCAUGCAUCCGUCUGUCUGUCGAAAUGUGGAUUGAACUAAUGCAUGACUGUACUUCGGUUCAAGCAUUGGUUCAAUUGAAUCAGCGUAGAAGAUCGUCCAAGAAAGCAUUGUUAACUGUGUUUGCAAUGUCAACAGUCCGUUCAUGAUGUGUGGUCGUCGCCAUAGGUCGUGCGCUAGUCCGUCUGUCUGUUCAGAUGGGUUUGAACCAAUGCAUGACUGUACUAAGGUUCAAGCAUUGGUUCAAUUGAAUCAGCAUAGAAGAUCGUCCAAGAAAGCAUUGUUAACUGUGUUUGCAAUGUAAACAGUCCGUUCAUGAUGUGUGGUCGUCGCCAUAGGUCGAGCGCUAGUCCGUCUGUCUGUUCGGAUGGGUUUGAACCAAUGCAUGACUGUACUUUGGUUCAAGCAUUGAUUCAAUUAAAUCAGCGUAGAAGAUCGUCCAAGAAAGCAUUAUUUACUGUGUUUGCCAUGUCAACAGUCCAUUCAUGAUGUGUGAUCGUCACCAUAGGUUGUGUGUUGUCCGUCCGUCUGUUCGGAUGGGGAUUGAACCAUGCCUGAUUACGCACUACAUGUACGUUUCAGGUAUUGUUUAAAUUGGUUCAACUUGAAAGGCUGUCUGUGGCUAGCCGAUGUUGGUACUACAUGUAUCUUAGCAAAUGUUAAUGUUCAUAUGUUUCUUGACUAAUACUUAUGGCAUUAUAAUUCAUUAAAUUCAAACAGAAAACUUCACAAUUGAAUUGUUGACACUUUUGGGGUGUAUUUUUACCUGCAACAGUUUCUUGGCAUUAUGCUUGACUAAAACUUCUUUUCUUAACUUGACGUACAUGUACAUUUAUGUGAUUUCAUUUUGAAUGAUUUUUGAUGUUCACAAAUGAUGUAAGAUUAUCCAAUGCUUAAGGCAGUUGUAAUACCACCAAAUCUGUCUGGAAUGAGACAAACAUAAACUCUGUGCUGUGGUAACACGGUGCCUAUACCACGUGACUUUCGGAUCUGUGUUGGGGGAAUAUCGCGCGACCCAGUUAACAUUUUUAAGGGUCUCUUUUUAAAUAUUUUACCAUUUUUAAUGGAAUAAAGUGGAGAGCCCACUAAUUCGUAAGAGUUUUCUAUAGGUAUCAUGAUUUUUUUAAACAAAUAAGAUUAUUUUUAGUAAAGAGCAACCGUGCGUUUGAACGGUAAGAAAAAUGUCGGACCAGUGUGGGGACUUCAUAUUACAAACGCGCGGUUGCACUUUACAGAAAAAAAUACUUAUUUGUUUAAAAAGA